AGUAAAUAGAUCGUUAAAUUAAUAAAAAGCGAAAAAAAAAAAAUUUUAAUAAUAAUUACUUUUUUUCCAACUUCAUGCAAACUUUUCAAAGAAAGUUAACCGACUAGUGUUUAUCGGGUGGUGUGAAAUUUUUUUUUUUUUUUUCUUAAAUUUCAAGUUAUACAUUUAUUAAGUGGGAAAGUGCAAGAAUAGCAAAUUCUAAGCGUUGAUAUUUUUAGGGGUAUAAUGGAGCCCCGUUGGAAGCGGCUACUCUUUGCCGCAAUCAUAGCUGAAGUUCUAAUAGGAUCAGACGCUCAAUUUUGGAAAAUUGCCGACACAGGUGCAACAUCAAUAUCGGAAAGACAUUACCGGCCAGAAUAUCCACAGCCAUUGCCCAAUCCAAUUGACGAUAGUUAUGCGGUGGUAGAUAGUCCCAAUGCCUUGCCACCAAAAAAUUGUACUAGUGGUCCGGUUGGUUGUAUUCCUAAAUGUUUCGCGGAGAAAGGUAAUCGUGGCCCACAUGGCCCCAUUGGCGUUCCGGGUCCCAAAGGACAUCAAGGUUAUCCUGGCAUAGAGGGACCACCUGGCGACAAAGGUCAAAAAGGUGAUCCCGGCCCUAUGGGUCCUCGUGGAUUAAAAGGUGAAAGAGGCACUUCGGGCAUUCCUGGUAUGCCAGGUGUUCCCGGAAUUCAAGGUGUCUCCGGCAAUCCAGGUGCUCCUGGUAUACCUGGUAAAGAUGGAUGCGAUGGCGAAAAGGGUUUACCUGGCGUUGCUGGUCUAAGUGGUAUGACAGGACCUCGCGGUUAUCCCGGUGUCCCCGGUGUAAAAGGCGAAAAAGGUGAACCAGCCAAAGAAAAUGGUGAUUAUGCGAAAGGGGAAAAAGGUGAGCCGGGUUUUGCUGGUCGCUCUGGGAACCCAGGUCCAGAUGGUCCGCAAGGCUCUAAAGGUGAUCGUGGAGAUACUGGUCCAUACGGAGUACCAGGUCCUCGUGGGGAUCGCGGCCAAAAAGGUGACAAAGGCGCACCUUGCUUUGCUCCUCCUCAACCAGGCAAAAAAGGACAAAAAGGCGAAAAAGGUGAACCGGCUCGAAAUGCAGCUCCUGUACAUGGUAGCGAAACUAUCAGCGGAGAAAAGGGAGAUCGUGGAGAGAAAGGAGAUAACGGUCCCCCAGGUGAAAAAGGCGAAGUCGGAUAUCCUGGUGAACCAGGUCGUGAUGGCAUGAAGGGAGAAAAAGGUCUCCCUGGUCCGUCCGGUGAUAGAGGCCGUCAAGGCAACUUUGGCCCGCCUGGUCCAUCUGGUCAAAAAGGAGAUCGUGGCGAAACUGGUUUGAAUGGCCUAGCUGGCAAACCCGGUCUAAAAGGUGAACCUGGUCGUCCGGGAAAAGCUGGCGAACGUGGUCUACUCGGCCCACCAGGUCCUCCUGGUGGUGGGCGUGGAUCUCCUGGUGCUCCGGGACCAAAAGGUCCGCGGGGAUAUACCGGUCCACCGGGCCCAAAAGGUUUGGAUGGUUUUGAUGGAAUUCCUGGUCCACAAGGUUUACCUGGCGCCAAAGGUGGCCCCGGUGUUCCUGGUUUACAUGGCGUUGAAGGUCCAGCCGGUGAAAAAGGCGAAAGGGGCAAUCCCGGUCGUCAGGGUUCGGUAGGACCUAUCGGUCCACAGGGUCAUACGGGCCCUCCUGGUCCGGAAGGGCAAAAGGGUGAGCCCGGUCUUCCGGGAUACGGCGAAAGAGGAUUAAAAGGCGACGAUGGAACCCCCGGUAUACCCGGUCUUAAAGGUCAAAAAGGCGAACGAGGUUUUAAAGGAAAUCUUGGUGCUCCCGGUGACUCUCAAUUAGGACGUCCCGGUACACCAGGGCGUAUUGGUGUACCUGGGCAGAAAGGUGAUCCAGGUCGUCCUGGCGCACCAGGUCAAAAAGGCGAAAUGGGACCAAAAGGUGAUAUUGGCGGAAGGUGCUCAAGUUGUCCCCCCGGAUUUAAAGGUGAUAAAGGAGAACGUGGACUUGAUGGGGCUCCUGGAAGCCCUGGACUUCGUGGACCUCCUGGGGAACGUGGUUAUCCUGGUGAACGUGGUUCUGAUGGCAUCGCCGGCUCGCCUGGUGCACCAGGAGAUAAAGGUUUCGACGGCCUACCAGGUCUUCCUGGUCCGGAUGGCCCCGCCGGCAAAGAUGCGUUGCUUGACUUGGAUCUCAUUAAUGUCGAAAAGGGUGAAAAAGGAGAACGAGGCUACAAAGGUGCUCUUGGUCCUAAAGGUGAUAGGGGUGAAGCUGGUUUUCCAGGUAUACCAGGUCAAAAAGGUGAAGUAGGCGAAAAAGGUGAUAAAGGUUACUCUGGUCCAAGCGGAACUGAUGGUAUUCCCGGAAAUCCUGGUAGAGAUGGUCGCGACGGUGUCCCUGGUCAAAGCAUAAAAGGUGACGCUGGAAAGCCAGGGCUAGACGGAGAAAAGGGAGAUAAGGGCUUUUCUGGGCCACAAGGAACAAAAGGUGAACCAGGAUCCUGUGAUAUAGACAACAUCAAAAUGCCUCUCAAAGGAAAUAAAGGUGAUCGAGGUGACCAAGGUAAUCCAGGCCCUAUGGGUCCAAUGGGCGAAAAAGGCGAUAUCGGUAGACCAGGACAAAAAGGUGAUCAAGGUGCUGUGGGCCCAACAGGUCCUGUAGGACCACGUGGUUUGGCAGGCCCACGUGGAGAAAAAGGUAAUAUAGGUCCAAUGGGUGCUCCUGGUAACCCAGGCAAAGAUGGUAUGAGAGGACCUCCUGGAAGAGGCGGCGUCCCAGGACAGAAAGGUGAGCAAGGCAUUGCUGUGGCUGGACCUCCUGGGCCUCCUGGUCGUAUGGGCAUGCCUGGCGAAAAGGGUGAGCGAGGUCCCACCGGUCCUUAUGGGCCUCCUGGUUUAGAUGGAGCUCCUGGUUACCCUGGAGACAAGGGUGAAACUGGUUUUCCAGGUACACCCGGAUUCUCUGGUCGUGAUGGCGAAAAAGGUGAUAUGGGUCCCUUGGGACCUCAAGGUCCUCCUGGCCCUCCUGGCAAACCCGGUGUAGAUGGAGUUCAGGGUCGCGAUGGUGCAAAAGGUGAACAAGGCAGUCCUGGCAUGGUAGGAAUGCCUGGUUUAAAAGGUGAACGUGGUGCUCCUGGCAAUGAUGGUCCUAAAGGAUACCCUGGUAUAACGGGACAUGCUGGUCGACGUGGUCCUCCUGGACCAGCUGGAAUCCCUGGCGUGAAGGGAGACAAGGGCGAGCGCGGAUUGACCGGAAAAGAUGGAUUACCUGGCCCACGUGGUCCGCAAGGACCGUCUGGAAUUAUGGGCGUCAAAGGUGAUACAGGACCAGUUGGUCCACCAGGAGCGGAUGGUAUACCAGGUUUAGAGGGAGAAAAGGGAGAAUACGGUCCCCCGGGAGCAGAUGGUUUACGCGGUGAGCCAGGCGACGUUUCUGAAAAAGGUCAAAAGGGUGAGCCAGGACCACCAGGACUGCGUGGUGAAAGUGGAAGGCCAGGAACUCCCGGAUUAAUUGGUGAAAAGGGUGUGCCUGGUCUUGCGCUACAUGGACGACCGGGUGCUCCUGGUGAAAAGGGUGAUAGGGGUCGGGACGGUAUAGACGGCCGGGAAGGAACCCCUGGACAGAAGGGUGACCAAGGUUAUCCUGGUCCCCUCGGAGCAAAAGGUGACAAAGGUGCAAUUGGUCCUCCCGGUGUGCCGGGUCAUCCCGGAAUGGAUGGUAAGCCAGGAGAAAUCGGUCUCCCCGGUCCGAUGGGUCAUACCGGCAUAAAAGGCGAUAAAGGAGAACGCGGCUUCCCAGGUGUUAAUGGACCUAAAGGAGAUAAAGGCGAAACCGGUUUACCUGGUUUCAAUGGAACACCUGGCGCUAAAGGAGAUCGUGGAUUACCAGGAGCUCCUGGCCUCAACGCAGUACCAAUCACGAUUAAAGGUGAAAAAGGAGAUAUGGGUGAACCCGGUCUUAUUGGUAUGCCUGGUCCUGCCGGCGAGAAAGGUAAUCAAGGUACAGCAGGCUUCCCCGGCGCGAAAGGUGACAGAGGUCUAACCGGUCCUCAUGGCAGCCCAGGAUUAAACGGAACUCCAGGUCAAAAAGGUGAAAUAGGACCUAUGGGGGACGUUGGCGUUCCAGGCUUAACAAUAAAGGGUGAAAAAGGCUUGCCUGGGCGUACCGGUAAAAAUGGACGGGAAGGUGCUCCUGGCCCCGCUGGUCAAAAAGGAGAAAAGGGCUUACCUGGUCUUCCCGGAAAUCCUGGACCUGAAGGCCAACCUGGCCCUAUUGGCCCUCCUGGUCCAAAGGGUGAGCGCGGCUCCAUGGGAUCACCUGGCAGGGAUGGUGGUGAUGGCAUGCCUGGUGCUGCAGGCGUUAAAGGCGACAUGGGCUAUCCUGGACCCAAAGGUGAAAUGGGUUUGCCAGGACUUCAAGGUCAAAAAGGCGAAAAAGGUGACUACGGUUUAAUGGGAGCUCCUGGCAUGCCAGGAUCGACUGGUCAAAAGGGUGACAUGGGUCAACCUGGACUUGAUGGCCGCCCUGGUCCUGUCGGAGCACCAGGUGAAAUGGGUUUUACUGGCCCGAAAGGACGUGACGGCCGUGAUGGUUUAUCUGGUCAAAAGGGCGCAAAGGGUGAGCCAGGCAUGGUGCCCCCACCAGGGCCGAAAGGUGAGCCAGGAUAUCCAGGAAGAAACGGCCAAAAGGGUGAAACAGGCCCUCCUGGUCCACGCGGUCUGGUUGGUCUCAAAGGCGAACGCGGUGAAAAAGGAGAACAAGGUUUAAUUGGUUUGACUGGCCCAAUGGGACGUCCUGGUCCGAAAGGCGACCAAGGACUACCCGGCCCCGUAGGUCGAGAUGGACCACCAGGUCUAACAGGUGGAAAAGGCGAUGCCGGCUUACCUUGUUCCGCAGCUCAGGAUUACCUUACUGGAAUUCUGCUAGUGAAGCAUAGUCAGUCAGAAGAAAUUCCACGAUGCCAACCAGGUCACAUCGAAUUAUGGAACGGAUAUUCUAUGCUCUAUAUCGACGGUAACGAUUACGCUCACAAUCAAGAUUUAGGAUCUCCCGGGUCUUGUGUGCGUCGGUUUUCAACACUGCCCGUCUUAUCGUGCGGACCCAAUAAUGUAUGCAAUUAUGCUUCAAGAAACGACAAAUCAUUUUGGCUCACAACUUCAGCACCACUACCAAUGAUGCCAGUACAAGUCCAAGACGUCAGCCGUUAUAUAUCUCGUUGUACCGUAUGUGAAGCACCAUCGAAUGUGAUUGCUGUGCAUAGUCAAUCGAUCGAGAUACCAAAUUGCCCAGCCGGUUGGGAAGGUCUUUGGAUCGGUUACAGUUUCCUAAUGCACACUGCCGUAGGUAACGGAGGUGGCGGUCAAGCAUUAGCUUCCCCAGGCUCCUGCCUGGAAGAUUUCCGAACAACGCCAUUCAUUGAAUGUAAUGGGGGUAAAGGUCAAUGUCAUUUCUACGAGACCAUGUCCAGUUUCUGGUUGGUAACACUAGAAGAUUACCAACAAUUCCAGAGACCCGCAAUGCAAACCAUCAAAGCAGGGGAGCUACUGACGCGGAUUUCGAGGUGCCAAGUAUGUAUAAAAAAUUCAUCAUAAGCAAGGGUGGUCCCUUCUCUCUCCCUUUAUGUUCACCCUUAGCUUAUAUUUCCACCUGGUCGCUAUCCUUUUUUGUUUUCAUAACUACUCUCUC